GUCGAAGGCGUGAUCCUGGCGCUCAAGCGGCGCUGGUCAGGUGUUGACUACGACCUUCUGGAACGGAAUUGUGGGCACUUCUGCAACGAGCUGUGCCAAGCGCUUGGUGUGGGACGCAUGCCGAACUGGGUCACCCGGGUGGCCGAGGCGAUGGCAUCAAUGCCCGGCUCCCACACGCUGAAGAACUCCAUCUCACGAGCCAUCAUGGAAGAUGGUACGCCACGCCGGAUGGAUGAGGACGAGGCCUACCUGGCCUGCACGCCGCCGGCCAGACCAGGCUUUGACAUGAUGCGAAGCCCUCCAGGCUCGGGAGCUACGCUGCCAUCGACUGGGAGCCCGGUUCACUGCCGCUACGGCAGCUUCGAGCCAGGCCCUGCCUACCCAGCACAAGCUCGCUGCGAGGCUUUCUGCAUGCAUGAUGGUCGUAGCCGCAAG